AUGGGUGCUAUCACCGAUAUUGCGGCCGGCUUGCUCCAGCCUACUUGGUUCAACCUGAUGCUUCUGAUCGUUCUCUUCUUCGUCCACAAGGAAGUUCAAUUCUAUAGAUACAAAGUCAAAGUCCCAGUUGUUGGGGUUCCCUUUCCAGGCUACAUUGGUUCAUGGCUCGGAGGAAUUUGGUUCGUCAGAUUCGGUCACGACAUCGUUCGUGCUGCCUAUGAAUCUGGGAAGUAUAAUGUCUUCCAGGUGGCUAUGCUAGAACGCAUGUUGGUUGUUGUUUGCACCAAGGAGUUGAUGGAGGAAAUUUGCCAUGCAGACCCUACUCAACUGUCAUUCUAUGCCAACGUCGCAACGGACUUCCAAGUCAAGUAUACCAUGUCAAAUGAGGUCCACACCCAUACCUGGCAUAUCCCAUACAUACACGAGAAGUUGACCAAAAAGCUCACCAAAUCUUUGGAUGUGGCCAUGGAUGAGAUGAUCAAUGCUUGUGGCUUGUUCCUCGGCACUACUAAGGGAGGAACUAAGCAAGUCCCAGUUAUGGAAACCUUCUUGGAUAUCCUCACCCGUAUGUCAAACCGUUUCUUUGUCGGCAAACCCUUAUGCCGAAACCUCGAGUACAUCAACACAGCCAAAGAAUAUGCCAAAGAUGUCGCCAUCUGCGGUUUCAUUAUUCGUGUCUGGCCAAAUAUUCUCAAACCUUUCAUCGCUCGAAUGUGUUCAAGCAUCCCUAACAACCAAAAGAUUGCCUUGAAACAUUUGGCUCCUAUCAUUGAGCAACGCCGCGACAAGAUGGACUUGCUAGGAAAACGCUGGACAGAUCGCCCUGAUGAUUAUCUCCAAUGGAUCAUGGAAGGCGCCGUCCAGAAUUUUGGCAACUGUGAAGACACCCGAGAUAUUAUGUUGCGUCUUAUGUUUUUGAACUUUGCAGGAAAUCACACUAGCUCCGAAACCUUCUGCAUGGUGCUUUAUCAGCUUGUCAAUCGCCCAGAAUACAUGAAACCGAUUAGAGAGGAGGCUGUUGAGAUGAUCAAUAAAUACGGGUACACCGCUCAGGCCUUCAACAUGAUGUCCAAGCUUGAUUCUUUCACUCGCGAAUGCACCCGAUAUGUUUCCUUGGGACCAGUCAUCAUUACCCGUACCGCAUUGGUCCCAUACACCUUGGGAGACGGGACUUUCCUUUCUGUCGGAACCCAAGUCUGCAUGCCCCACCACUCUGUUCACAAUGACCCCAAUAUCAAAAUCUAUGCCGAUCCCACUUUCGACGGGUUCCGAUUCCACAAAAUCCGCGAGGAGAUGUUGCAACAGAAUCCGAAAAAUACCCAGGCCCAUCGUACCGAGCUUUGGACUGCCACCUCUACCCAGCAACUAUACUUCGGCAAUGGUCGCCACCCAUGUCCCGGCCGUUUCUUCGCCUCUCUCCAGUCAAAAAUGAUUAUUCACUACAUUUUGACCAACUAUGAGGUUAGCACCGAUUCGGAGUCUCAAUACAAUCCGCAUACGUGGCAGACCAUGUAUAUCCCAAAUAUCUUCGCCAAGAUCAACUUCACACGACUCACGGACCCAGAAGAGGGUGUCGAAGAAGAGAUUAAAUUUGAUCUUGCCUAG